AGUCGGCAGGCAGAGGGUCCACUCAACUUUGUUUGGAUUGAGGGCAAUCGCCGACUGGUGGACAAACGUAUACCCGGACGCGGUCUCCUCCGAAGCACCCGCUACACUGACCUGGACAUGUCUGUCUUUUAUCGGAUCCUAACCAGCUAUUUGCGUGGCUCGGGAAUUCUAAAGGCAGAGCACCCGGACAAUAUUAAGAUGCGUGCAUCCUCUUAG